CCUGCUUUCUUUCCUGUCAAGACAUGCCCGUCGCGACUUACCAUUACCAAGCGCUCAAAGAGGCCCUCGCCGCUUCCAUCUCCACCGCCGGCGACGUGCGCCGCCCCCACGCCCUCGCCGUAGUGUCGGGUCUCGCCGGCAACGGCUACGUCGUCUCCCUCCUCGUAUCUCGCUACUUCCGCCUCGGCGCCGCCAAUGCCGCGCGCAGGGCGUUCGACGCUGUUCCCCGGCCCCGGGCAGCAUCGCUCCCCGUCUCGGCGCCGCCGCCUAAGCCCCUCCUCUACAACGCCAUGAUCCGCGGGUACCUCGCUCUCGGCCUCCCCCGCCUGGCGGUCGGUGUCUUCCGAGAGAUGGCGUGCCCGCCCGACCGCCACACGUACCACCUCGCCGUGAUGGCGUGCGCUCGCGCGUCGGAGUUUGAGCUCGGCCGGCGUAUCGGGAGCGAAACGUGCUCCAGAGGGCUUUCGACCGACCUCCUGGUCGGGACGGCGCUGGUCGUAAUGCAUUCUGAAGCAGGUGACAUGGAGGCCGCUCUCAACGUGUUUGAUGAAAUGCCGCACCGCGAUGAUGUGGUGUGGAAUGCCCUCAUUGCUGGCUAUGCCCGUGCGAAUUGCAUGGGAGAGGCUCUCAGGUUAUUUGUAAGGAUGAGGAUGGUGGAUGGAAUGUCUCCGACUGAGGCGACACUGGUGAGCUUGGUUUCCGGGUUUGCAAGCUAUGGUUCUUGGAAGGUCUGCUAUAUGAUGCAUGCUGCUGUGAUUAGGUCUGGUUUCCACCUUAACGUCUGUGUUUGCAACUCUCUCCUGGAGCUUUAUCUUUACUCCGGCUGUUUGAGGGAGGCUGUGAUGUUGUUUCGUCAGAUGGAGGAGAAAGAUUCCAUCACUUGGAGUACGAUGAUUGGUGGGCUUGUUCGGAAUGGACGACCCAAUUCUGCUCUUAACCUCUUCCACUGGAUGCUGUCAAAUUCGACUGUGUCGGCCACUAGGUCCAUCUUGCUUAAUGUCAUUGCGGCCUGCGCUGAGCUGGGGCAGUGGGAACAAGGAAGAUGGAUUGAACAAAGCUAUGUGCUGGCUGAUUCUAGUGAAUUCAAUAGAGAUCCAUCUUUGGUAACUGCACUGAUAUAUAUGUAUGCAAGGUGUGGACAGUUAGAUUCUUCAAUUGCUCUUCUACAUGGAGUUGCAGCAAUGAGAGAUGACAUAGUUGCAUGGAAUGCCAUGAUCAAAGGCUGUGGAGUUAUUGGGGAAGUGGGAAAGGCAAUAGGAUUUGCAGUGGAAAUGCAAAGGGUAGGCAUUGAUCCAGAUGCUGUCACAUUCUUGGAGAUCCUACCUAUGAUUUCUUCGAUUCCAUCACUGAAGAAGGGGAUGGAAGCACAUGGUCAGAUCGUUAAAAGAGGUUUCCAGAGUGAAAGGGCAAUUGCUAAUUCACUCAUCACCAUGUAUGGUCGAUGCGGGGAUCUUAGACAUUCAUUUGACACCUUUAGUGGGAUUGUGGACAAGGAUGUAAUCUCUUGGACUUCUAUGAUUCAGGUAUAUGCCUGGAAUGGACAUGCUGCUGAAGUUGUCCAGCUUUUUGAGUUGAUGAAGAAAGCAGAAGUGAAACCGAAUCGCUACACCUUUCUUGCCGUGCUGUCUGCAUGUAGGAACACAGGUCUUGUUGAAGAGGGAAUGGACUUGCUCAAGUUCAUGGAAGAGCAAUAUGGUCUUGAGCCGGAUGUUGAGCAUAUUUCAUGUGUUGUUGAUAUGCUCUGUCGUACUGGACGCUUGGCUGAUGCAUAUGACCUGAUAAAAAGUACUAUUUCUGAACGUGUAGACAAUCAUAUAUUAUGGGGGAUAUUGCUAAGUGCUUCCCGUUUAUCUGGGAAUUUGGUGAUUGGAGAAGCAGCUGCCAGACAUCUCUUGUCCCUAGAUCCAGAAAAUCGGGCCAACUAUAAAAUGCUUGCUGAUAUUUAUGUCUCGCUUGGGAGAAGGGAUAGUGCUGAUAAUAUCCUUAGACUAUCAUUGUCAAGAGGGCUAGACUCGAAACCAGGCUGCAGCUGGACUGAAGGUGGCUAAAUGUUGCAAAUACAUGCUGGAUGAAUCAGGAUGUGGAAACCCUUUUUCCUUUUUCUCGGACCAAGAACAACUUCUCUGGAGAUAUGCCCCACAAUCUAGCAAGGUGAAUGAGACCAAAUUACGUCUCCUCUAGAUGAGUUCUAGGAUAGCCUAUCGUGGAUCAGAGCAAAGGAAGCUUACUGGGUGACAUGUACACAGAAACUCCGAGCGAAUCUUGCAUAAACUUCUGGGAUGGGAUCUUGCAAAGGUUGGUGCACAUACCGACACAGUUGGUGCUUUCCAGAAACCUGUCGCCGAGUAAGAUAACAAAUUAAGACAGAUAAGCACCACUUACGUCAAGAUUUGUUGGGCUCACCAGAAGCACUAGCAUGGAGUCUUUCUUUGAAUGAUGAUGCCCUCAUUGAGGGCAGGCUACUUAUAUUAUGAACUGAUAUUACAUAUUUACUACUCCCUCCGUCCCAAAAUUCUUGUCAUAGAUUUGUCUAGAUACGGAUGUAUCAAGUCACGUUUUAGUAUUAGAUACAUCUGUAUCUAGACAAAUCUAAGACAAGAAUUUUGGGACGGAGGGAGUACAUGGAGCAAGAACAUGUCAUCGAGAGAAAAUCUGUUGAUAUAGUACCUCACAUGGUCCAACCAGCCAAGGGAAGAAUAUGGUGGUGAAGGCAGCAAAGUACUCCCUGGAAAAUUUUGAAGGUGGCAUCAUCACCUUUAUCUGCCCAAACAGAGUUCUGUCAAACUAAAUACAGGUAAAAAGUAGAGGCAUUUUUUUUGUAAUUUUGUUUUUAUUUAGAAAAACACUGGUGGGAUGACAUAGCCUGCUGAAUACGGUUAUAAAGUUAAUUAUGCAUGGGGC